CCGGGCCGGGGAGAACUCGCGGCAGGCAGAGCGGCCACGACGCCGCCGUCGCCGCCGAUCCCUUUCGUCUCUUGAGACCCCGGCUCUCCCUGCUCCUUCGCCUUUCCUCCUGCCUGCGAUCCAGCGACCGAAAUCCGAUCGCCUUGUCGCAGGCGGGCGAUGGGCGACCACUACCAGACGCUGGGUAUCCGGCGAGACGCCACCAAGGCUGAGGUCAAGGCUGCCUUCCGCCGCAGCGCGCUCCGGGAUCACCCUGACCGCCACGCCGGCUCCACCGACGCGGCCGCCCGUGCCGACGCCGCGCGCCGGUUUCGCCAGGCGUCCGACGCGUACCACGUCCUCUCCGACGACAGACGCCGCGCCGAGUACGACCUCCGCCUUCGCGGUUCCACGUCUUCCUACGCGCGCACCUCCUCCUCUGCUUGGGCCUCCUCGUCGGCUUCCUACGGGUACGGGUAUGGGUACGGCCACGGCCACGGCCACGGCGGCGGUUCCUGGCGACGGACGCCUCCGGGGGCAGGUGCUGGCGCCUCGGUGGGGUCAAUUGAUUGGGAAUUUUUACUGAAGGCAGUCACUCGGCGAGGCUUCCUUAUCAAUCUGGGAUUCGCCAGUGUAUUGCUAUCUGGGGCAGCUUUUCUUGAUGGGAGUAUUUUAGAAAUUUGGAAGAUGAAUAACUCCGGGAAAUCAUUUGAGGAUGCGAUGGAGAAGGUCAAAAACACGCAGAAGGGAGAUGGUAGAGCUUGAAUCCUUCCGUGGUACAUUAGUCCAUAAUACUGACGUCAAAACCGAUGUGCAUGUUGUUGUCCAGAUCCUGAUGUUACUUUGUAAUACGUAUAGUUCUGAACAAUUUUUUUUUUCUUUUUCUAUCGUGAGCUUGUGCUUAAUCCAUGUAAAGCCCUCCAAGUAGAAUAGAAGUGUACCACUAUGUACAUUUUUCCAUUGCGGAAGAUCAGGUUAUGCUCUGAUUCUUUUGCUGAUGAAAAGAUGUGAUUGUGUUAAAUAAAUGGCUGUAAUGCACGUACGCUUCGGGACAGCUAUGUAGCAGUGUUGCUAUUCUUCAUAGCGAAGAGGGAAAUGACAAUUGAUUU